ACCUUCCUAAAAGCAAUGGGAGGGGUAGCACCUAGACUCAUCAUAACUGAUGAAGCUGCUAGCAUCAAGAAUGGUAUUGACAAAGUUCUUCCAGCCACUAUGCAUAGGUUAUGCAUGUGGCAUAUAAUGGAAAAGGUGCCUGAAAAAGUUGGACCUUUGAUUAGGGAAGAUUCUGAAUUUUGGCCGAGGUUGAACUCAUGUGUUUGGGGUUCAGAAACUGCAAGUGAGUUUGAGUCACAAUGGAAUUCCAUCAUUACAGAUUUUGGGUUGGAGGAUAACGAGUGGUUAGCUAAGAGGUUUACCAUUAGAGAUACAUGGAUACCAGCCUACUUUAUGGAUAUAUCUCUUGCGGGCUUGCUCCGAACCACUUCAAGGUCAGAAAGUGCAAAUUCUUUUUUCAACCGUUUCAUUCAUCGUAGGCUUGCUUUUGUUGAGUUCUGGCUUAGGUUCGACACAGCUUUAGAAUGCCAACGUGAGGAAGAAUUAAUGGCAGACAACAGAAGCAUGCAUACCACCCCACAACUAUUUACGCCAUGGACAAUGGAGAAACAAGGUAGUGAGGUAUUCACAUAUGAGGUAUUCGAGAAAUUUCAGCUACAAGUUAUUGCUGCUAGAGAUCAUUGUUGUGUUCAGGGUAUUACACAAGGUGUGGGGUUAAAAACGGUGACCCUGAGAGGUCGAUCUGGUAAGGUUAGGGAGGUCUCCUAUGACACUACAACCAUGAUAGCAAAUUGUCCGUGCAAGUUAUUUGAGUCAAUCGGUAUUCCAUGUCGACAUAUUAUCCAAGUGUUGAGGAUUGAGAACCAAAAUGAACUUCCCAACUAUUACAUUAUGAAAAGAUGGCAGAAACGGUGCAAGAGGGAGAAUGUUUAUGAUGAACAGGGGAACCUACUAGAAGAAAAGCCCACAGAUUCACUAGAUGCAGCCACGAGAAAGAAGAUUUCGACUGUACGUGAUAAGAUGGAAGAGUUGAUUCAAAAGGCAAAGCACUCAAAUGAAGGCAUGGACUUCUUAACAUCAAGUGUGUUGAGCAUUGAGGCGCCUUUAGACCAAAUGGUCCCUGCAGCCACACAGAACACUAGGCAAGACGAAUAUGAGGCUUUUAUUGGUUGUAAUAUUCCUACAGAAGUUGAUAUACAUCCACCAACUGAUGUUCGUACCGUGGGGAGAUGCAAAAGAAUAAAGAGUGGAAAGGAGAUCAAGGAGGGUGAUAGGAAAAGGAAGGACAAAGAAGCGAAGUUAAAGGUUGCACGCUUGUGCAAGACAUGCAAGCAAAUGGUGUUUCAUGAUAGUCGCAAUUGUCCAAGCAAAACUAUUCAAGGGAAAAGGAGCUUGAUUGCGGAAGAUGUGCAACCAAAUGGUGCUUCCUGAUAUGAAAAAUUGUCCAAGAAAAUAAUGAUUUAAUCUAUGUUAUAUUAUUUGCAAUUUGAUAUACUGAAGUCAUAUAAUGGAUCAGAAUUUGUGUUAUAUCCAAUUAAAGUUUAGUUGAUUUCUGACAAGUUUUGAUGCUUGUCAAAUUGUUACAGAAUAUUGAACAUAUGUAUCCACUUAAUGUUUUUCUACCAAGUAUGGAAGCAUGAUGACAUUUCUGGUUUCUAUGUAACUUGAGAG